AUGGGAUAUCAAACCAACGAUGGAACAGCAACUGCGUCUGAAGAUUCAAAGGAGAAUCUGAACCAAGUCAUAAACUCGAUUCAGAAAACUUUGGGACUCCUUCAUCAGCUUCACCUUACUGUCUCUUCUUUCACUCCCGCUUCUCAGCUUCAUCUCCUCCAGCGUCUAAACUCUCUAGUGACGGAGCUGAAUAGCAUGGUGAAGUUGUCUGAGAAAUGCAACAUUCAAGUCCCCAUUUUCGAAAUCAUACAUGGAAAAAUAGUAGUAGCAGCAGCUAAUCAUGCCUUCUUAAUAACCCAUCUCCAUGGCUUGAUCAUGUUGAGUUCUCUUCGCUGUGGGCAAGGCGCUGUGUCAUAA